AUGGAGUUCACUGUGAUCGACUACAGCAUCUUUGCGCUGCUGCUGGUGCUGUCGUCAGCCAUCGGGCUCUUCUACGCACUGAGCGGGGACCGGCAGCGCACGGUGCAGGAGUUCCUCCUGGCCAACCGCAACAUGGGCUUCCUGCCUGUUGCCCUUUCCCUGCUGGCCACCUUCCAGUCAGCUGUGGCCAUCCUGGGUGUGCCGGCCGAGAUCUACCGCUUCGGCACCGAGUACUGGUUCCUCGGCUGCUCUUACUUCCUGGGGCUGCUCAUCCCGGCCCACGUCUUCAUCCCCGUCUUCUACCGCCUGCGCAUCACCAGCACCUACGAGUACCUGGAGCUGCGCUUCAACAAGACGGUGCGCGUCUUUGGUACCAUCACCUUCAUCUUCCAGGUCAUCUACAUGGGGGUGGUGCUCUACGCGCCUGCGCUGGCCCUCAAUGCAGUGACGGGCUUUGACCUCUGGAGCGCGGUGCUCACCAUGGGGCUGGUCUGCACGCUGUACACCACGCUGGGUGGGCUGAAGGCUGUCAUCUGGACGGACGUCUUCCAGACGCUGGUGAUGUUCGCAGGGCAGCUGGCCGUCAUCCUGGUGGGCGCCCGGCGGUUGGGCGGCAUGGCCCGCGUCUGGCACCUGGCGGAGCAGGAGGGCAAGAUCUCCGGCAUUGACCUGGACCCUGACCCCUUCAAGCGGCACACCUUCUGGACCCUGGCGGUGGGGGGUGUCUUCAUGAUGCUGUCACUGUACGGGGUGAACCAGGCGCAGGUGCAGCGGUACCUCAGCGCCCGCAGCGAGCGGGAGGCCAAGCUCUCCUGCUACGCCGUCUUCCCCUGCCAGCAGAUCGUCCUCUGCCUCAGCUGCCUGACCGGCCUCGUCAUGUUCGUCUACGACCGGGAGCACCCGCUGGCGCCCACCCAGCGCCCCGGGUCCUCCGACCAGCUGGUGCUGUACUUCGUGAUGGACGUGCUGCAGGACCUGCCGGGGCUGCCCGGGCUCUUUGUCGCCUGCCUCUUCAGCGGGUGCCUCAGCACCAUCUCCUCCGCCUUCAACUCGCUGGCCACAGUGACGAUGGAGGACCUGGUCCGGCCCCACUGCCCAGGGCUGUCAGAAUCACGGGCCACGCUGCUCUCCAAGCUGCUGGCUUUUGGUUAUGGAUUGCUCUGCCUGGGGAUGGCUUACGUGUCCUCCAUGCUGGGCCCCGUGCUGCAGGCAGCCAUCAGCAUCUUCGGCAUGGUGGGGGGCCCGCUCCUGGGGCUCUUCUGCCUGGGCAUGUUCUUCCCCUGCGCCAACCCCAUGGGUGCUGUCGUGGGGCUGCUGGCGGGCCUGGCCAUGGCCUUCUGGGUGGGCAUCGGCAGUCUGCUGCACAGUAUGAGGGGGCCUCCCCCACCCAACAGCACCGUGCUCCCCCCCGUGGGCAACCUCACCACCAUCCUCGCCACCACCCUGACCCCCAUCUCCCCCAGCCCCACAGGGCUGCAGAAGUUUUACAGCCUGUCCUACAUGUGGUACAGCGCCCACAACUCCACCACCGUCAUCCUGGUGGGGCUCCUGGUCAGCCUGCUCACCGGCCCCACGCCAGCAGCAGCCGUGGACCCCCGCACCAUCUACCCCGUGCUGCCUCGCCUGCUUUGCUGCCUGCCCCAGAAAUACCGGCAGAGGCUCUGCUGCAGGGUGGACUUCCCUGCCCAGGACGCUGACCAUGCGGAUGCCACUGUGAAGAGCAACAGGGUGCCCAAUGGCCUGGCCCCCCCCGGCCCCCACCGGCAGGAGGAGGAGGGACAGGGCUACAUCCGUGCGGCCGGGGCCCCCGCCUAUGCCCUGCAGGAGACCUCCUUCUGA